AUGGCUGAUUCUUCGGUCCCCAAUCUAACUUCCUCUGGCAUUGGCUCCAGGUUCGUGUCUCAGGACGAACUCGCAAACGCAAAGGCUCGUCGCGACGAGCAAUGGAAAGCUGCAUACGACCGUAUUGGCAUUGCUCCCCCUCCACAACAACAGGAAGACUUCUCUGACGGCCGGAGCCUCGCAGAAAAACUCGCUGCCAACAAGAUAAAGAAGCAGGAAGAAUGGGAAGAAAGGUCUCGUCUGGCGAAUCAGUUUCGCGCCCUCGAGGAGGACGAGGUGGCUUUCUUGGACCAGAUACGCGAGAAAAAGGAAGCAGAAGAAAGACUGCGGGAAGAGCAAGACGGUGAAGAAGUCCAAAACUUUCGCGAAGCUGUCGCGGCGCGUGCAAGCGCUUUGACCAACCCACCACCGCCAAGCACGAAACCAACAGCGAAACCAGCGGCUCCUGCGCAACCCUCCAAGCCUACCCCAGCGCCAGCCAAGAAGAAAGGCCCUCUUAGAGGAGUCGUGGUCAAAAAGAAAGCAAAGCCAACGACUCAAACCAAAGAAAGCGAGCCAGAGAAGAAGGAUGAAGACGAGCGUGAUUCAAAAAGGCGGCGUAUAUCAGAAAGUUGA